AUGAAUAAUGGUCAUGAGAAGCUACAGAUGACCAAGCAAGAUCUUAUUUUUGUGUAUAAUCAACUACUCGGUAGUAUAAUACCAAAAAUUGAAACCCAUUUGCCGCAAAAGGACCACAUAAGGGAUGAGGUAUUAGACUUGUUACAUGAUUUCUUAAUUGAAGUAUUUGAAGAUGCAAAGCAUGCCAUGGUAGUCGAUGGAAUAGAUCUCAAUAAAAGCAACACAUCCAUACAAGAUGUUUUGUCGAUAAAACCGAGAGAAAAGACCGAACCGUUCAAUAUUGAGGAGAACGAUAAACUUCGAAAUAUCUUAAAGAGUUUUGAAGAAGAGACUAUCGAAGUUACCAGAUUGAGAAAGAAGAUACCACAAGAUAUAAGCGAUGUGUUUGAUAGCAUCAUCAAUGAUACCGAUGCGGAAGUCACUCAGAUAUUGAACGAAUUGGAUAAUGAAGACAAGACGGAAGAUGCGAAUCAAGAUGAGGUCCAAGAUCACAACGCAGAUAUAGGUAAAGAGGAGGGCCAAGUUGGGGACCAAGACGAGAAUAAAGAUAAUAACGAGAAUGUUACACAAGAAGACACUAAAGCUCAAAUGAUUAAUGACUAUGAACAACAUCUAAUUAAAUUACUCGAAUUAAAAGAACAAAUUCCCAAACAGUUAUCGGAAAUUGACCGUUUAAACGAAAUUACAGUUUUCUUACAGAACAAAUAUGAGAAUGAUUAUGUAUAA